AUAUUAGUCUUUCCAUGUUUGCUGCAAGGUCAUUAUUAGUACUUUGAUGGUCUGUUUGCUGUACGUUAUAGGCUUCUGCUUCUUUGUCUAGAAUUACUGUUUGUUUGGUUCAUCUAAUCUAGAAGGAUAUGGUUUCAGUAGUUGCUUCUCUGGUUGCCGCCCUUUUGAUAGUUUUGAUGGCUGUGGUGUCUAUGUUUUCAUUUUUCAUAUUUCAUAUAGUGUGCUGCCUUCAUAAUUUAACAAACUGGAAAGCUGACGCCAUUUCGAAGUUUUUCUUACAUUCCCUUAUCGGCAAUUGCCUUUGAUGCUAUUCAACUAGAAAUAUUGUUUGGAUGACGAUCUCAAUUUGUCAGCUCCUUUGUGUUAAAGCCCCAAUUAAAGGCAAGUAAGACCUUUAAGGAAACCAGAAUUGAAGAUUUUCUUUUUUGUUUCCUUUAAGUAUAUAAGGUGCAUGAUUUGGUUCUUUCAAUAAUAGAAUCUGAGUUAAAUUGAUAAUAGUACCUUGGAUUUCAACGCUUUAGUGUAUUAAAUUAUCUUUUGAAAGCAUGCUUUUGUUAUGUUCAGGACAGUCCUGCCCCUUGUGCCUUGGGAGAAAAAGAAAAUAAGCAAACUGCAAGAAACAAAUAUGAUAAAAGCCAUUGUUCUGAUUUUACUAAUUCAACAGGCGACAUUUGCCUGCAUUAAUGUCUUCCUCCAUCCUGCCUCACUAAAGUACAUCUUGGUUGCUGCAGAUAUUCUAGUCCAUGGGAAAGAAUGAGGAAGAGGAGUUCAACACAGGACCUCUUUCUGUUUUAAUGAUGAGUGUCAAGAACAAUACUCAGGUACUUAUCAACUGUAGGAACAAUAGGAAACUCCUUGGGCGUGUGAGGGCUUUUGAUCGUCACUGCAACAUGGUCCUGGAAAAUGUUAAGGAGAUGUGGACUGAGGUGCCCAAGACUGGGAAAGGAAAGAAAAAAGCUCUACCCGUCAACAAAGACAGGUUUAUUAGCAAAAUGUUCCUUCGCGGGGAUUCUGUGAUUAUUGUUCUUAGGAACCCUAAGUGAGAGGGAUGUAGUCAGGCUAUAUGGCAUACAAGAAGGCUUUUGAGAUGGGAUCGAAACUCUCUGCAUUUUGGAUUGUAAAAAAAGGGGAACCCGCCGGAGUGUUUUUGAUUAAUUUAAGGUUAAUGCAGCUAGAUGUUUGAACGGACAUCGUGUUUGGUACCAUCUUCGACCUGAGUUGAUUGUUAAACACCCGAGUCUUAAUUGUCCCCUCUGUAGACACCCAGUUUUCGUUUUUGUAUUUUUAUGUCUUAAGAUCUAGGUUGUUUUUUCUAUAUUUUAGAAAUUACUUAUAAAGUAACGCUUGCAUUCUAUCCACUAA